AUCCCCCUUCUCCUGUGAAUGACCGCUGAGGAAGACAAUGAGGCAAAGGAGUCUCUUCGAAACAUCGAGCAGAAGUACAAGCUCUUCCAACAGCAACAGUUCACCUUCAUCACCGCUCUGGAGCACUGCAGGGAGAACGCCCACGACAAGAUCCGGCCCAUUGCCAGCAUCGGACAGGUGCAGAGCUACACGGAGCAUUACUGCAACAACUCCACAGACCAGCGCAUUCUGCUCAUGUUCCUAGACAUCUGUGCAGAGCUGAACAAGCUGUGUCAGCACUUCGAAGCCCUGCACUCCGGCACUCCGGCCACCAACAACCUGCUUGAGAAAUGCAAAUCCCUGGUUAGCCAAAGCAACGACCUGAGCAGCCUCAGAGCAAAGUACCCUCACGACGUGGUGAACCACCUCAGCUGUGACGAGGCCAGGAACCACUACGGAGGUGUCGUCAGCCUCAUCCCCAUCAUCCUGGACUUAAUGAAAGCAUGGAUCGCCCACUCAGGGAAGCUCCCCUGCAAAGCCCUGCAGCAUGGGGCGACUUAGCCUCUGUGUUCUUGCUUCGUUGGGGGCGACCAUCAAGAAUAAAAAGUGUUCUCC